AUGCAGGAGUUGCCUUUGAAGAUGCUGCCCAAGGUGUCGCCAAACCGGUGCUGGCGCAUAGAGCAUCCGCAAGUGGCGACAUUGGCUCUUGAGGCAACAAGCGAAAAGGGCGGCAUGGCAGGGGUCGCGGUUGCAGAGAAUCCGAAAAAGAAAGCUCGGCUGACUGGAGCCAUGGCUCGUUACAGUGAAAAGAGUAUUCACGACAUAAGCCGGCUGCUUGAAGGGAAAGAGCACAAGUCUCAGCCUAGCGGUGCUGCCAAGCGUCGCAUGCGCGAGGCAAUCGCUCCUGUAUGUGCAUGUUACGAACAAGUAACGGCACCCAACAAAGAUCCAUCGCAGCCAGAUGUUCAAUGGGCGUUUGCCAAUGUCAGAGCGCUGUUGCGCUGCAUGGCCCCGUCGUGCCCCUCCUUCGUGACUUUCUUGCAGUCGCAGGCACAACCGCUGCGCUGCAUCCUCAGUCAUGACGAGUGCACGGCAGGCAAUGUGCUGGCCACAGAACAAAGACAAAAGGUAACGCUAUGUUACUUGUCUUUGGAAUGCAUGGCCAAGUGGGGUGACUCGCCCACUGCAUGGCUACCCAUAUCGGCUAUCAGCCACGCCCAGGUCGCGAACACGCGCGGGGGCAUGGGGAACGUGCACCGAAGGCUGAUUGAGGCCUGGGCGCAACAAAGCCUGGAAGAACCAUUCGAGCUGGUGCCCGGCGUCUCCAUUAGCCUGGUGCUGAGCUGCAUGGUGGCAGACCAUGAUGCGCAGCGUGGGUCGCUGUGCGCCAAAGGCUCAGCGGGACUGAAGCCGUGCGCUUUUUGCAUCAACUGCAUUGCAAAAAGCGCACAGGGCACAGCUGAAAAGGAUGCGCAGUUUCGCACGAUUGCGGAAAGUGACAUGUCUCUGUUUCAGCAGCAUUCGACGGAAGCGCUGCGGCAAUUUAUUUGCAAAGCCUUGCAGCACCCAAAAAGCAAAGCUGAACAUGAGCUGCAGGAGCGAGUGCUGGGCUACAGAAUUGAAAGAAACAACAUGUGGAUGUCGCCCACUCGCCUGCAAUGCUUGCCAUUGGAACGGUACGUGAACGAUAGCAUGCACUGCUACUUCAGCAAUGGCAUUUGCUCUGUGGAAAUAGCUUUGCUGCUUGAUGCGGUACAGACCGUGACCAAGAAAACAAUUGCGGACAUCAAGCGUGCGGUGUUGGACGCGGGAUGGCUGCGGCACCGCAGCCAUAGCCGCCAUGGAGAAAACCAAUACUGGACUAAGCGUCUAUUCACUGAGGCGUAUUUUGGAUCUUCAAUGUAUAAAGGAUCUGCCAAACAGACUUUGGCGCUUCUAAGCCUACUACGGUGGGUCUGUGAGAGCGUGUGGCUUCGUGUCCCAGAGCUGGAAACGGCCGCUGCCUGUUUCUUGAAACUGUGCGCUUGCGUGGAAUGCAUCCGCACAAUUGGCCACACCAAAUGUUUUGACAAACUCCACGCAUUGCAGACAGAGCAUCAAAAGGCAUUUGUAAAGCAAUGGGGUGAUUACGUUAGACCGAAACAUCACCAUCGCUUACAUCUGCCGUUUCAAUACAGGGCGCUCAACCUGUGCCCCACAAUGUGGGGCACGGAAAGUAAGCACAGAGACUACAAGGGCCUAUUUGCGGCCAACUUUCAACAAUGGCUUACCUUGCCGAUGUUAAAUGUAGACCGAUAG